AUGUUCUCAACCAGUUCUGCUUUCCAAUGGCUUCACAACGAUACGAAGCCAAAAUACAUGGCACCACCUUUCCACGCGCCUUUCCAAAAAUAUGCAUACCCGUCACCAACUGUAUCAUCCGAAGGAAAUAAUGCUCCGCUCUACAAUCUCUUGACACCUUCAUUCUUCUCCAUUUCCUCUUCGUUCCCAUUCAUUGAAUCCUCGAGUUCCAGUCCAGCAACUUCUUCAAACACAGAAGCUUCAACCAAGUCCCAAGACAUUUCAAGCAAGAAUUGCUUUUUUGACAUUACAGUCGAUUCUGCUCCCGCUGGCCGCAUCACAUUUAAGCUCCAUGAUGAAAUCACUCCCCGCACCGCUCGUAAUUUCAGAGAAUUGUGUACUGGUCAGCACGGGUUUGGAUAUGCUGGAACUCCUUUCCACCGCAUCAUCCCACAAUUCAUGUUACAAGGUGGAGAUUUCACUCGAGGAAAUGGCACUGGUGGAAAAUCCAUUUACGGCACUAAAUUCCAGGAUGAGAAUUUUGUGCUCAAGCAUACUAAGCCUGGCCAAUUGAGUAUGGCGAAUUCGGGAAAGAACACGAAUGGUUCUCAAUUUUUCAUUACCACAAUAGCCACUCCUUGGCUGGAUGGUAAACAUGUGGUUUUCGGUGAGGUUAUUGAGGGUAUGGAGCUUGUAAAGAAGAUUGAGGGGCUUGGAACUCGUUCUGGUACACCAAGAGCUCGUGUUGCUAUUGCUACUUCAGGAGUUAUAGAGUGA